CAAGAUUAUCGGUGUCAUUCGAUGCGUUCCCGAAUAAAUCCGAUGCCAGUCACUCAUUUGAUGAGCCUGCUCAAGUUUCCCAACUCGCUCUCAUCAUCCCCCGUUCACAUAUCCCUUCAGUUAUCAGACCGCGUCUUUCAACAAGUUCUUUCAUUUCUUCUGCUCCAUGGACUCCUCGUAGCCCAGUCGCAUCUAUGAUUUUGACGACCCUAGCGUAAACUGGAAGGAGGAUGAAGUCAGGUUACUUUGCAGGGCGGGUCGAAUUUCGGUAUGCGCCCCUUCUCAUCUGAUCACAGCUCAAUCCCGCCUCCGAAUCUUCCCGACAAGAUUGCACGCGGUAUCAUUGCUGCCAAAGGCCCAAAUGACUGGCCCCAUUCCGUCACCGCGACGCGUACUAAAUUGCUCGAUCUGGCUCGCGCAAGAGCAAUGGAGGAGCGGAGGAAGCCCACCAUUGACGAGGACGUCAUCUUUCUCAGCGGCAAUGUACAUCGUCCGGCAGAUUUGAGCGCAACGAUCCUUAACCGGAUGUGCUUCAACCUACCAUAAACAUUCUUACGCGCCACCUACUAUACAGACAAUCCAGCAUGGAUUUCAUGACCGAUUGCUGAACAUAACGAGAGCAUUGCCGGUAUGUCUUUCCCUCCGUUAUAUCCCCCUAUCUGAUUAUACGCAGCCUUUCGCACCGUCUGCAACGACACGAGCACAAAGUCCACUACGUCCUCGAAUUCGAAUUCCACCU